CUCAUCCGUUGGCAGCAAGGACAGUGUUGGAACCUAUGCAUGUCUAAAAAAAAACAAGGUUUGGAGUGCACGAUUUCUCAGCUCAGACGAUGGAUCCCACUCCUUUGAGUUUCAGUUGCACAGGUGAUGAGGUUGAGGACUACAGCAACUCCUCGGUGCCGUCCGGAUAUCUCUAUAAUCCCACAGACACAGCCAUCACCUCUGUGGUCAAUCCUUGCAUCUUGGCUCUCGGCCUGAUAGGCAACCUGGCCUUCCUCUUCGUCAUGCUGCGCAUCCGACGGAUGUGGACCGUCACCAACAUCUAUCUCAUCAACAUGGCGGUGGCCGACACCGCGUUCCUCACUAUCGCCGUCUCGGAGAAGCUCGCAAACUUCUACAACAGCCCGGUCACGUUGGACCGGUCGGCGCUGGGCCGUGCUGGCUGCAUCAUCACCUACGCUCUGCUCGACCUCAACUACUUCGCUUCCGUGUUCUUGGUGACCCUGGUCUCGCUGGAGAAGUAUUACGCUAUCUGUCGGCCCGUGCAGCAUCGCGUCAUCGGCGGCAAGAAGCGCACCGCUCGCCUUAUAGUCGGAGCCUGGCUGCUCGCCUUGGCAUUCUCCUUGGCGUUACUACCAGCUUGGGCGGUCUACGUCAAAGUCUGCACCAUCUGGCCGCAGACGGAGGAAUACCAGCACUUUCCGCAACACAUCGGGAAGUGUCGAGCUAUCACAGACUGGUACGACGAAUUCCACAACGGAUUUCAAACGGUACCGUUCUUUCUGGCGCUGUUCUCCAACCUAUUCUUCUACGUCAAGAUCAUUAAGAGCCUAAGCACUCGGAUCACUAGCGUCGCGCCCGAGCAGAGCGCCCGGAAUGUCCAGCGCCAGAAGAUCCGAAAUCAGGUGGCCGUCAUGCUAAUUGCCAACGGCGUAGCGUUUUUCGUGUGUCUCGCGCCAUUUCAACUGACCUCGUUCUCACUGACCAUCAGUGGUCUCACGGGGAACAACCUCCUCACACCCGACCAGAUCAACACACUCGUGUGGGUGGCUCGCAUCUUCACCUACAUAAACCCUGUGAUAAACCCCGUCAUAUACAACCUGACGAACCAAAGAUACCGAACUGCCUUCUUCGAGGCGUUCACCUGCCGAGCUUUCAGAAAGCGUCACGAAGACUCAACGGCACUCAACGAAGACACUUUAUCUACAUUCAACACAUGAGUUUCUGUUUAAAAAUCUUCUCGUUAACGCUGUAAGCAGUCUUCUUUGCAAUUCUGUAUUGAAAAUAUUAAGCCGGCAUAAUAAUAUCUCUUUUUGUUGCCACAUAAAGGAUUGUUUUGAACCAGAUUUUUUGUGCAAGGACUUUUUACUCUUUUAUGGUGAGCAACUUUGAGCCAAUCAUCUUUCCAACAUCGGCCUUUUUCAUACUGUGACACGUAGAGCCGCGUGAAAUGUAAUGGUUCUUAUUUGUUUGCUAUUAUUCCCGUUCAUUCCCUUGACAGCCCCUGAAUGAUCAUACACAGAAUUCUUCACGCGUCAAGAACUCCACAAUUCAAAUACAAUUUGCGCCCCAUUUCAAACUCCCACAGGAAACAGUCGUUGUCGAAUGACGCUGAAUCCUAUUCAUGCACGGUGGAGCUGAAAAACGUGACCCACUUUGUGGCUAGCGUCGAGUCGCACUGAAAGGAUGUUUGGGUUUGAUUGUACCGCCCAAUCUUUGUCAACCACUCUGUAAUUCUGAAUCUUUAUCUUACAAAAUAUAUAAUUAAUGUUAACAAUCGUAUUGCAUGGCAUUUACAUCAAUCCGUUUUCCCGCCUUAGCUGUUGAGGCAAAUAUCGUUUUGUAAAUUAAUAUAAGGUGGAAAUCUGAACUAUAUCUGCAAGUACUCCACCGGAAAUGUCAAUCAUACCUUCGCCUUUAAAAUUAAAAAAUUGAGGGAACUUGGAUUAAUCUUUAUCGCAUCUGUUCAUAAACCAGGCAUCCCAAUAUUGCCGGGGAUUGAGGUUGCUCGCGUGUACCAUGCGUGAGUUUCUGAGUCAAUGUGGAAGCAGUGGUCAAAGGACAACACUAUAUUUCAGGACUCGCGCCCGAGGUAAAGUCGCGGGAUUUAGAAAUCACGGUCGCUACGUUAAUUUAGUUGUUGAAGUGGUGGGCAUGUGCAGGGCUGUGUUGUGUCGACAGAGGGAAAAUUAACGCUGGGAAAAAAUAGGGCUGUGUAUGGUCGAUGGCAAAUGUUAAUUCAUGUGUCAUUCCAGACUAGCACGAAUCGGUUGCUUGUAAAUCAGUCGGAGUUCACCGCCAAUCACUGCACAAGGGAAACAGUUGUUUCCCCGCAUGCACGGGCUUUAACGUCGCUGGGACCAUUAAAUUAAUAUUACGCCACAUUAUCUAUAAUCAGGAAAUUACUUGUACUCUGUUAAGGUAAAUUAUAAACAAUUAUUUGUCUCACCGAUUUCAUUGUAUUCACCAGCAAGAAAUCUCGAUAUCGCUGUCGCAAAUAUUUUCAUGUACAUAGUUAUAAAGACGUCGUAAAUAACAGAAGCUUGAGCCAAUGUAUUAUAAUAUACCAUCCUAUUUGCUUUGAAUCACCGCGUUUUCACAGUAAACUACCGUAUUUCACGUACACUUUCUUUGAUUAACUUUUUAAAUUCAAUUCUCUACUAAUUAAACGACAGAGAAGACUGACUGGGAAUAUUCUCUGAAUAUGAUGGGCUGCUGAAGAUCCUGCUAAAGAGGGCGUGCCGGAAAGACACCGCAGAGGGAAGGAAAAGAUAGGAGACUGAAGACUUUGAGAAAAUAGCACAAGGGAGUCAAUUGUCGAGGGGCCAACUGUGGAGAUUAUAAUUUGAAAUGAAUGUAUUUUUCCUUCCACUGUCCCAGGAUCAUGACUUAUUAAAGGGGCAGAACACCUUGUAGACAGCUUUAUGUAUAAAAUCGUGUUUCCAUCGGAAAAGUGUACGUCAUUGAGUAUUCAAACGAUCAUGUAAAAUAUGGUCACAUUUUCACUGUAUUUUGGUUCAUGACACCUAUCCUUUGUUACACCCUGGUGCUGUUUGCCUUUGAUUCGGGAGGUGCUGCGUAUGCUUUUGUAGGGUUCGAUGAUAUCACCCUUGUUGUCUCAUUUACUCCACUUAGUUUACUCCAAGACGGGUCGAGACCAUCUCGACCGAAAUCAUUUCAAACGAAUAGAUCGCGUUUCUUGUCAGAUUCUUUUCAGUGCCACAAUGACAUUGACAUUUUAUUUGGUGAAACUUUGAUAUCGUCGGAUCACCGUUUCACGGGUGACCGAGUGAAAACUUCGGCGUUUGGAAAUGGGUGAUGGUCGCGACUUGGCUUGGUUGUUGCGUUUGGAUUUUGUUUCAAGUCAUCGUGGGAGUACAUCCACUUCAACCUACAGGAGCUAGAGCAGAGUACCCCCCCCGCGACAUUUUUCCGAUAUCACUGCAGUACAUAUUUCAGGAGUCGAGCCUUUUCUGGGACUUUAGAGUAAGUCUUUGCGGUCAUUUUGACACCAAUUUUGUAAAG